CUCCCGCGGAGGCGCCAGCGGCCGCCAUGUUGUCAACAACCGCCCCGCUCCCUCUUCCGGCCGGCGGCGCGCAAAGCAUGCCGGGAUGCGACCACGGCCCCCGCCCUCAGGCGGCCCGCCAAUCCGCGGCUCUGGGCGGCCAUCUUGGGAGAGGGCACGGCGGCCGGGCCGCCAUCUUGGCUGAGGGCGGAGCGGGGCCCGGCCCGGGGCGGAGGGAGCGGCCCGCGCUGGGACGGGCGGCAGCGAAGGGGCGGGAGGUGCGGCCGGUGCGGGCCGGGGGACGGGGCGGAGCGUCCCGGAGAGCCCGGAUCCGCGAGGUACGGCCUCAAAAUGUCCGCUUUGGACGCCGGGAAUGGGGCAGAGGAGCCAAGAUCCUUCACAGAAAUCCCGAGUUAUCCGUCGGGCGCAGAGCGAAGGGUUUCGUCCAUUCUCAGCUGCGCGGGGCAGUGGCGGUUGCGGCACCCGCUGCAGGUGAAUCACAGAGGGAACGUUACAUUAACGGCUGUCAAAAAGCAUUUGCACCCGGACCUCUACGGACACGCCUGGCAGCUCGCGGUGUGGGUGUCGGACACAGCGCAGCCAGGCCGAGCUCCGUGCGCUGCGUGCAGCUGUUGGCUCUGUCCGCCUCGCAGCGAUUGAGGGCUCCGUGUCCGCAGAUCCUAGAUAAUUGAUGAAAGCUCGAGCUGCGAGCACGUUUGGCAUGAAUUACAGUUGCUGGACUGAAAUUAUCUCCCCCUUUUGGGAAUGUGCAGAAGGGCUGACGCUCCAAUCCACGGUUCAUCUCUCAGCCUCAGACCCUGGAGAUCAGGACGGGGAACAUGAGAAGCAUCAGGUUGUGGAGUUUGUAACAGGACGUGACAGAUUAAUUAACGGAGUAAUCAGUUGAAAUAUGACUUCAGGACAUAGGUUGGCCAACAUCAGAGCAGCUGGAGGACACCGCCCUAAAUUAAAGUAUUCAAAGGAAAAAAAAAAAAA